CUCCUGGAGGACAAUGCGGGGCGAGGGACCUGUGCUGGUCACUGAGACAUGGCAGAGCUCCUCAGUAAACCUGACAGCAACAUAGCCGACAUACUGAUUAAGGUUCAACACGAUCUUCAUCGCUUAAAGAAUAAAUUCACCGAAUCACAGGAAAAUGGAGAAACAGUGGACAUUCAGUUGCUGGAAACAGCCAUUCAGAGGACUGAAAUUGGCCUGCGGAACCACGCAGAGCAGUAUUUGAAAGCACUCAACAGGGAAGUAUUGACUCUUCCCUCAGUGACAAAGUCAACCGCGCCUGCUGCUCACAGUGCAGGAUAUGACUCUCAAAGCAAUGCCAAUAAAUUACCCAGGACUCCAGUGACUCAUCCAACUCUGAGUGACAGAAAGUCUCAGCCUGUUACCCUGGGGCAAAUACCUCAACACAUAUCACCUGGAGCACAGCACAAACUGGCCAUGAAUAUGAAGAUCUUGAACGACCCCUCGAACGCCGCUCACAGAUCUCUUCUGAAUCAGGCCUACGGGAUCCAGCUUCCUCAGAUCAAAUCGUUAAAGCCAGAAUCAACACACUUUCUGAAGCCAAUCAAAGGUUCUACAGUUGAGCCACUUGCCACUUUGCCAAUUACCCAUCGUAGGAAUCCAUCCCUUCUACCACCACCUAUAUCUGAGAGAGAUGCAAAAAAAGGGAUUCUGAGCUUGCAGGAACGAGGUUUGAUUCCCCCUGCGGCUGAGCUGACUCUACACCCGCCUCCCCUGCUACCCCAGGCCAUGCCUCUGCACGACAUCCAAGAGAAGCACAGGAAGCCAGCUCCCGAGCCAAAAAGUGAGAAUUCCUCUAAAGUGGUGGAACUAAUCAUCAGAAAAAGCUCCCUGCACAUGCCCCAGAGAUCGGCCAUGAUCACAGCAGCCAAAGCAGCUUUGCAAACAGGAAUGAUCGCUCCUCCGCCGACCAGCUCGUCCAAGGGUCCAUUGCAAGACUUCAUUAAAGAUAUGGUGCAACAUCAGAGUUCCAAGUCACAGCCUUCCCCAGAGCCGGGAGACGUUCAGGAAAUAUCCUCCACUUAUUAUUUCACCAUCUUCAACGGGAACAUCGCUUGCACAGCUCCCAGUUACCAGGCCUUCAGAGAACAUUACCACCUGUCGUGGGGCCGCAUCCUCUACUUCCUGGAACAACUGAACAAGAAACUGCGAGAGUACAAUGUGCCGGUGGCUAUCGUGGAGGGCAAGAAGGUGGCAGAGUUGGCGUCAGACUUCGAGUUCGUCCGGAACCCAACGUGGGAGUAUUUCCUUGCCGUGCUGAAGAACAAGGCCCUGGUGGAGGACAUCAUCAGGCGCCCUGGCCAGAAAUACAAGGGGCCAGAUGGGCAACAAAUGGCAGCCAUUAAGAUCCAGAGUCUCUGGAGGAGAUACCGGGACAGGAUCGUGUACUUUAAGUACAGGCGCCUAAAGUGGGCAGCAAGCAUCAUCGCCAUCUCCUGGAUCCUGCACUGCCAACUGAAGCGGGUGAAGAAUAUCCUAAAGCAGUCACGUCAGAGACACCUGGUGAAUUUCCGCACUAGGGCUAAGCAUCUGGUAACUCACUGGAAUCACAUCAAGGCCUCCAGGAGAACUAUUAUCCACAUCCCAUCAUUAGGAUAUUCGCAGCAGUUGAGAUCGCAAGUACCUGAUUUGGGGAUCCAGCAGAAUUUACAGAUGGGCCGGCUGUGUGAGAUUAGGGAUGACAAAGUGGACGUUAUCUAUGUCAGCCCGGUCACUCUGGACGACGACAUUUACCAGUAUUACAGCAAACUGUUUGACCUCCAUGAAGCUCUCAAGUUUGCCAAACCAGAGAGAGUCAGCAACAUGGAGCACCGGUUUAACGUGGUCACCCCUGAGGGCAUCCAUACUUUUCCUACCCACCACAUGUGUCUGGCCACUCAUCUGAAGUACAGUCCCCAGACAAUAAAACGGAUAAAAAAUCUAAUCCGAGGAAAGGAAGCCUACAUCGUGGGUGGAUUCCUCCACAAGGAUGAUUUAGCUGUGGCUGAUAUGUUAAACGUUCCUAUCCUGGGCCCCGACCCGGACGUGGUCCAUCUCUACAGCUCCAAAUCAGGCAGCAAAAGGAUCUUUGCCAGUGCCUCUGUGCCCACACCACCCGGGGAGUAUGAUAUCUACAACCUCCAGCAGAUGUACGAGGUGCUGACCCAGCUGGUUAUUGACAACCUGGAGAUCAAGCGGUGGCUCUUCAAGAUGGACUUGGAGUUUGGGGGGCGAGGCACUGCCUACUGUGACGUCCUGCCCCACCUGAAUUGUUACAGCUUGGUGCUGAAGCAAUAUCAACUGUUGGGUCCCAUACAGUGGAAAACUAGAUGGGUUCAGGAGCCUAUUUAUCUGAAAGUCAUCGAGGAAUUGCCAGAAAUAUUGACGCUGCACUCACGGAUGGUUAAUAAGGAAUUAUUCCCAACCUGGGAAAAAUUUCUGGAUGUUUUCCUUGGUCAGGGCGGGGUGAUCGAAGCCUUCGCCCCUUCACAGAGUGUGACCAACCUGACGGUGGACAUGCUGAUCGAACCCACGGGCGAGAUCUCGAUGGUGUCAUGCGGGGACCAGAUCCACGCCACCAGCCCCCUGCAGUGCUGGGGGGCCUCCGUGCCUCAGUGCUCCGUGAAUCCAGGCAAUUUACACUCCAUGUGUGUGGAGAUCGCACGGGCCUGUAAAUCCCGAGGAGUAAUGGGCUACUUCUCAGUUGACCUAGUGACCUUCAUCCACCCAUUUACAAUGCAGCAGCAGGUCUGGGCCACCGACUUGGACCUGUGUUACAGUGACCACCUGGCCAUGACCCAGCUGAUGCUGUACAUCACGGAUGGGAGUCUGGACCUCAAAGCCAACAUGCUUCACGUGCCCCCAGCGUUCCACGAGACGAAGACGCAGAGACACAUGGGAGAGGAGGAGAAGGUGGAACAAAUACAACUUCCCGUCACCAGGCGUUUCGCAGUGCUAAGCACACAGUUGGAACACAGCAGUCUGUCCGUGGUCCACUACAAUGUGUUCCUCCAGAUGUGCAAGGCUCAUGGAAUUGGCUAUGAUGUGAAGAACAAUUGGCGAGGAGCUCCACGGGGCUCUGGUGACCUUUGCUCGUAAUCUCUCUGUCAUUCAUCAGGAAAUAUCAGCACCUAG